AUGGCUCUGACAACAAAGUUUACAAGUGCUUUGGAUAUACCUGUGCAGUUUGUAGAAAAGAACGUGAAAUUGCGGGGAAAAUUACUUCACAUAACUGAGAAAGGCCUGGAAGUUGAACACGUUCCCAUUAGCAUUCCUUUCAUUACAGCGAUACAGAGAAAAUGGCAAUCAAAAGGUCUUCUGCUGGUAAGACUUGCUGGAGUGGAGUUGGCUCCGAGCGGCAUGGCCUGGUUACAGCAAGAGUUAAAACCCAAACAAAUGAUAUGGUUCCAGCUUCUCGGAAGGGAGGACUUGGCACUCGAGUGCCUUGUUUUAGUAAGUAAGGGUCGAUUUCUCAGCGUGUGCUUAAAUGAAGAGAUCUUGAGGCAAGGGCUUGGCAGAACAGCACGUAUUGAAGGACUACAUCAUGAUUCCCGCCUGUACUGGAAACUUCACAAAAGACUGCUUCGAGCAGAGUUAAAGGCCUUGAAGAAAAAUAAAGGAAUAUGGAAAGAGGAAAGCUACUCUGAAAGAAUUAGAGAUCGUAUGAGCAACAAUAAACUCGUACAGACAUUGAAAAAAUUUGUGAGCUGGUUAAGAAGAUCCGUUUAA